CUUUCCAGUCUGUCCUGCUUCACCGACCUCACUCACUCCCACUUUACAAACACAAAGACGGACUUGAAGUGUAGAAGGUGAGUGAGCGCUCAGGCUGAACACAGCUACACACGCCAAACCCCACACAGUCCAGAGCAGCGGGCAGGGCUACAAACACCUGACUGCUGUUUGAAGGAGUCAGUCUGUCUCAGCGCUCUCUCUGAAAGCAGAUACAGAGCCACUGCUGGUCCUCUGAAUUGGUGUGGGGUGAAGGUUAUACACGGCCAGAGAUGAUUCAGCUGUAAACAAGAUGUAAACAAGAUUCAUCAAAGCUCCCUACCAGCACCUGACCAGAGAAGACUUUACUGGUCCCUGUAAACAACAGAAGAACAUUGCGAACUUCCUUCUAAAAGGUUCAGAAAUAAACUGAGGGAGGGCUGAGUAGAGCAUCAUGAUUGACCUGAGCUACCUAACCGAGGAGGAGCAGGAGAUGAUUAUGACGGUGAUAAAGAGGGAUUCAGAGCUGAAGAAAGCAGAGGAGGAGCGGAUCAAGCAGUUGCAAAAAGUGGGUCCCGAGCAGGGCAAACUGAAGUACAUGACAGGGGAGUGGUUCUAUGAGGCGAAGUCUCAGAGACACCGGGACAGAAUUCAUGGUUCUGAUAUCAUCAUGGCAUCUAUGAAACAGAAGAAACCCAUGACAGUGGAGUUUUUAACUCAGUCAUGGAGGGAACGAUCCAGUAAAAGUAACGAUGCUAUGACAGCAAAACCAGGGACAUCAGACAGUCUGAAAAGUGAAACAUCAGAGGCUCAGCAAGACAGAAUGAAUUUGGGCAUGCGGUCACCAUCCAGACCAAGACACAACCCAUUUAAUACUGUUCCAAUAAAUCUAGACCUUGAGGAGAUUAACAGCCAUGUACCCAAUGGAGCCCCAGGACCUAGAGCUAAGAAAACAUCAGUUAGAGCAGAAAUGCCUCCAUUGAAAACUCAUGAAGCAACAGAAACUGAAACGAAAAACGAAGUCUCUGACACUCUACAGGAACUAGCUCCUCGUCAAAAACCUGUGCCAAAAAAGAGAACCAAACUUUAUAAACUCAGCUCAGUUUCAGACAACACCAGUGUGUCUACAAGCUCUGGUAUUAGGUCCCCUGUGUCCACACAAAGUGUGUCUACAAGCUCCAGUAUCAGUUCCCCUAUGUCUACCCCGAGUGUGUCUACAAUCUCAGACAGCACAUCCACUGUGUCCACACAAAGUGUUUCUACAAGCUCAGGCCUCAGGUCCCCUCCACCAAGAGGCAUCCUCAAACAUAGCUCUAGCUGUAGCUCCAGUGACUCCAACAUCAAGAGCCAACUGCCACGGCCUCUCAACCGCCUUAGCUCAGUUCCCACCAACACUGUUCUAGAGCAAGCUUUUGAAGAGCAUGCAAUAACCAAGGAGAGAACAAAGCCCUCUCUCAAUUCAAAAGACGAAGAACCAUCAAGGUCCUCUUCACCACUGAAGUCAACCAUGCCAAAGUCACGUUUGCCUGUGCGAUCUCCGGUGCCUUUGAAUACUUCAGAACAGAAAGCACAAGAGAAGCCAAAAAUACAGCCACGACUGAGUUUGACUUCAAGCAUCCGCUCAGAUGACGAACACAAAACCCCAGGCAUAAUGCAUACAGAUACACAUAAACAUGAAGAUAAUAACACUCAUAACUGGUUAACAUCUGCUGAACCAGAGAACCAAAUAACAGUUGAUGGGACAAAGGAUAAACCUCUGUCCGUUCCUGGACCAACUGCCAAAUCAACACUGGAAGCACACUUGGACAAUCUAAUAAAUGAGAGCACAGUCCCUCAAAUCUCACAGUACAAACUGAAGGAAGAGGACUAUAAGUUACCCAAAAAUGAAAAUGAACAAACACAAGAGCAACGAUAUCAUCCUCAAACCACUGUUGAUCAGCAUGAAUAUGAAGCCUCCAAGAGAGUUGAAGCCUCCCAAAAAGUUGAAGCCCCUUGCCCAGUAUCUAGUUCCCAAAUAGCUGAUGCUAACCUUGAACCUGAGAGUGGCUACAGUCCACCUACAUUUAACAUAAGAACCAAGCCUAAUAUAAAAACUGAUGACUACAAACAUCCCCUCAAGGUAGAUUCCCCUGCUCCAAACCCCAAUGAGGAACAGGGAGACUCUAUCGCUAAAGUUCUGGAAUGGUUCAGCCGGAGCUCAGACAGCAGCGAUAAACUUGACUCCGAGGGCAGCGUGAGGGCAGACAUGGAGGAUGACACCAAGAUCGAGGACAUUGACUUUGAAGAUGAGAUAAAUCUAAGAGCCAAACCAGAGGACAAUGUUUACUUAAUUAUUCCAAAACAAAACAAUGAGAAUACUCCAAAGAUGAAUGAUUUGUUUUUUAAGGAAAGUGACUGGGGGGAAGAGCUGAGUGUGGAUGAGCCAGAGCCUCUUAGGAAAACUCAGGAUGUUAGACAAGAAAGAUUUGAAUCUAAGCCAUCAAGAGUGGAACCACUUCCUGUUACUGGUCCUUCUACUUACACGUCUUUUCAGCCAGAGAAUGUCACUCAUAGAAAGAUGGAUAUCUCUGAAAAAGCCGGUUCAAAAGAUAAAGGUAUAGAGGUAGCUAGCAAAAAUGAGGAGAGAAUCAAUGUUGACAAGUUAGAAGGCACAGAGAGCAAACUCACUCAACAUCAACUGAAGGAGACAAUAGACCACGAGGAGAAUCAGCCACCAAAAAUUGCCAAUUUAAAGUCAUUCUGGGAGAGAGGUAACACUGGUCCAAAGAUACUGGUCAGCAGAUCAAGCAUGAAUUCUGAAAAGGAAAACAAAACUGUUAACCAAAAUAAUGCUGGCAAGAAAGUGACAGAUGACAUAGAGGAACCACCCAGUGUUGAACUGAAUUCAAAAGUGAAUUAUGCAAUAGCUGAAACAAAGGAACAAGCAAGUGUUAAGGAAGUUCUGAAUGUCGAUGACAGUAAGAAUAUCAUUAGCACAGGUUCAAAUUAUGAAUCCAAACAAGAAACCAUUAUCAAAGAUAUGCAACCACCAUGGAGUUUUACUAAUCACAGGAAAGAUAUAGUGGUUUCGAAUUCCCCCUCAGACACAGAUGUUACACCACUUUUGCAUCUAAAAUCAUCCUCACCUUCACUAGACAAUGCGUCCUUUGUGGACGGCCAGAGUAAUGAAAAUGCGAGAGGAACCACGAGUGUUAACAGCAGUGAGGGAGAUUGCAUGUCCCCAGCGGUGCUAGAAUUAGACCACAGAACAAAGACUGAAGAAUUGCAGGCUAGACCUGGAUCUCCACCUAAGUCUAGCACUCACAUGCAGCAGCAAAAUCCAGUGCCAUUAGCAAAGCAGAGUGGCCAGCAGCAAGACAACAGGGCAGAAGGGAUAAAACAGCUCAAACUGUUUUGGGAGAAAGAAAAAUGGGAACCCAGGAUAUGCAUCAGAUCAUCAGCAGCCGAUGACACUAAAUCAUCUGUGACCUCCUCUGCAAAGCUGAAUAAAAGAUUCACCAAAUCAGAGUUUGAUCUUCGAACCAUUGGCACAGAGUUAGAUGAUGAAUUUGAGGACAGAGGCAGACAGUCUCCAAAUUUUACUUUUCUUCCAUUGCGAGACAAGUCGGUCACAGCAGAAGGCAUUAACAGUUCGCAGUUCAAGGCCCUCCGUGACUUUUGGGCUGGGUCUUCCGCCAAGCACUCACCCUCUCUCGAAAGCCAAAGUCCAGAAGUAAAGCUGUUAAGCUCAAAAGCUGAGACUCACAAAGAGCACUCCCCUGUGGAUGCAAAGCUUUAUUUGAACCAGAAUCUUUACCCAAACCAGUCAGAUAAGACCAAUUUGACAGGGCUUGGAAAUGAUGGUGGAAACACUAAACCCCCAAGGACAGACAGAGCAUUCCAAUCUUCUUCAAAAGAGAGAACAGCUGCCACAAGACCUGACCCUGAUUCCAAAGCUAAUUUCUUCUACAAACCUUCAGGUGAGCCAGACCUUCUGAGAUCAUCCAAUUCCCCUCAGCCACGGAGAGGCUCGCAAUCAUCUCUGAAGGAUACAGUACCUCCUAAACCUCCAGGUAUGCUCAAUAAGGAAUCAAGGCAGCUGGGUAGAAGGAGCAGUAAAGGAAUAAUAAAUGGAAGAGGAAAUUCUCUCCGACGUGCCACUAGCAUGUUCACAGUCAACAUGGAUGAUGAAGACCAACGUCACUUGCAGGACCAACGUCACUUGCAAUCCAAGAAAGCACCUGACACAAACCUCCCACAGAUAAAAACGGCAACUGAAGUUAGCAUGUCACCGUCCAAGAAGAGUCCAGAAGCUAAUUUACAGGUGAAGAAGUCUCAAGAAAUCAGCAAGAACAGGGAGAAAAUCAGUGAGAGAAGACCAUCGCGCACUUCUGAGGAUUCUGAUUCCCAACCUCUUGCCAGGUCUUUUGUUCCACGGGACUACCAGCACUACCUGGGAAUCACAGAGAAUAAAGGCAUGUUCACUCCUCCACAAGUCACUGAGCAGAUGAGCGAAAUAGUCUGCACCCCAUUCCAGAUGUCUCCAGACACAGGCUGCAGCCUGAGGUGCUCUCCUGUUCAGGCUAGCACUCCGGCAGGCUCAGCUGAGCUUCGCGCUAGAAGAGGGAGCCUGGGCCAGCGUCACAAUACACACAACAGUGAAGAUCUCGACCAUAGCACUUUAUAUACCGUAGACACCUGGUCCCACUCUCGGGCAAGUUCAGACCGUGACGAGGAGAGUCUUGUUCAGGGUGCGCUCAGACGGGCUGUCGCUAGACCCAUAUACCAUAAAAGCCUUGAAGACAUCACUGCAAUACCAAGACCAACAAGAAAAAGCAAUGAAAUGGAUGACUCCAUGCCAAAUAGCUAUGACAACUCCAGCACUCCUUCCCCACCCUCAUCCUCCUUCUCAGACCCAGAGCACCUGAGGAAACUCAGCAAGUCCGUCCCCUCUUUCCUGCAGAAGGAGAAUGAUGGAGGGGAAAGUGACUCCACCUCAGAGUACAGUUCUCACAGCGGCAUGCACUGGCAAAACAGCAUACCACGAACUAACCUUAGAAGCAACUCAGCCUCUACAUCUUCUGUUAGCGGGAGUGUGAUGAGUGUUUACAGUGGCGACUUCACAAGUGUGGAAGUUCAAGGGACCAUCCAGUUCUCACUAAACUAUGUGCAGAAGUUGAGAGAGUUCCAUAUCUUUGUGGUUCAGUGCAAAAAUCUGGCCGCGGUAGAUCCUAAGAGGAACCGAUCUGACCCGUAUGUUAAAAGUUACCUAAUCCCUGACUCUUCCAAUUUGGGAAAAAAAAAAACGUCAGUGAAAAAGAGGACCUUGAAUCCUACAUACAAUGAGAUUUUAAGGUAUAGAGUUCGAAUGGAGUAUUUAAAAACACAGAUUCUUAACCUCUCUGCUUGGCACAAUGACACGUUUGGCCGGAACAGUUUCCUGGGAGAGAUAGAGAUCGACCUCUCCACGUGGGAUUUUGGAAACACUAAGAUUAACUCCUUAUCCCUCAAAUCAAGGAACACAAGCAGCCUCCAGCCUGCAGAGGACAGAGGCGAGAUGAGACUGGCCAUACGUUUCUUACCCCAGCUCUCCCACUCAAAUACGGUCCCCAACUCAGGUGAAGUGCAUAUCUGGGUUAAAGACUGCAAGAACCUGCCUCUGAUCAGAGGUGCAGCUAUAGACCCAUUUGUUAAAUGUUUUGUACUGCCUGACACCAGCAAAAAGAGUCGGCAGAAGACGCGGGUGUUAAAGAGGACAACAAACCCUGUGUUUAACCAUACCAUGGUGUAUGAUGGCUUCAGGGCAGAGGAUCUGAAGGAGGCCUGCGUGGAGCUGACCGUGUGGGACCGGGACCGGCUGGCUAAUCAUCUGCUUGGAGGACUGCGGCUGGGCCUGGGAACAGGCAAAAGCUACGGAGUAAAAGUGGACUGGAUGGACUCUACCUCUGAGGAAGCGGCGUUAUGGGAGAGAAUGAUGGAAUCACCAAAUGAAUGGGUGGAGGAUGUGUUGCCUUUGAGAAUGGUGACCACAGCAAAAAGUACAUGGAAAUAACAUGGUGUUAAACCACACUUGAUAAAGACAGAUUAUAUAUGACAUCUUAUGUUACUCUGCAUAUAUGAGUAUAUAUUUGCAUUUUUACCUUUCUUAAAAAAACAGGCUUUCAUACUCACAAUGUAUUUUAUUUUAUUCAGUGUCAGACUAAGAACUACAUUUGAAUAAACUGUCCCAGCAUCUUG